UGGCUGACUUGAGCACAGGCUAUUCUGGGCAGCAGGUUCCUGCCUUGAGUGGCGAUCGGUGGCACAGACCAUCGGAGCUGAGUGACUGCAGGAAGGCGGGCGUCUGUUGCUUCACUAAACCUGGAAAAUACAGUCAGGCCUGCCGAAGGAUUAGCUUGUGAUUCGCACUAAAAUGGCCCUGCCCUCAGUAAUGCUGUUACCCCUGUUGGUCGUCAUAGCAGCCGGAAUCUACUACGUAUACAAUGAGGUCAUGCACUUCAUGUCCAAGUCCCUGGUGCGAAACAAAGUGGUUGUCAUCACAGAUGCUGUGUCAGGGGUUGGAACUGAGUGUGCACGGCGCUUCCACCAGGGCGGGGCCAGACUCAUCCUAUGUGGCGCCAGCUGGGACAAGCUGGAGUCUCUCUAUGACUCCUUAAUCGUCGACGCUGACCCCAAAGAAACGUUCGCCCCUAAACUGGUGAUUCUGGACUUCAGCGACAUGGAGAGCAUGGAGGAUGUGAUAGCAGAGGUGGUGGACUGUUAUGGUUAUGUGGACGUGUUGAUCUGCAACAGCAGUGUGAAGACAAAAGCUCCGGUGCAGAGAAUCUCACUGGAAGUGGACAGGAACGUGAUGGAUGUCAACUACUUUGGGCCAAGCACUUUGACAAAAGGGCUUCUCCCCACUAUGAUCCCUCGAAGAUCCGGACAUGUUGUGUUGGUGACCAGUAUUCAGGGCAGACUGGCUGUCCCUUUCAGAAGCUCAUAUGCUGCAUCCAAGCAUGCCGCACAAGCUUUCUUUGACUGCCUGCGGGCUGAAGUGGAUGAGUACGGGAUAGUUGUCAGCACCAUCAGUCACACCUUCAUUGACGCCUCAACCAGCACACCUGCAGAGGAGCCGGCCCCCAAACAAAGCCCUCUGGCUGCAUUUGUUGCCGGUCAUCUGACCCAUGGUGUCCGACCGUCUGCCUUGGCCAAUGAGAUCAUGCAGACGGUGAACAGGAAGAGGAAGGAGGUUGUGCUGGCCCAUCCCAUCCCCAGGGUGGCGCUCUACCUCCGCUCUCUCUUCCCCUCCUUCCUCUUUGCCGUGCUGGCCGCUGGAGUGAAGGACUCAGUCUUCAUGGAGCAGAUGUAACAUGCUAGGAAAGGCAAUUAAUAUUCCCAUGACAAACCAGGAUUGUUAGGGUGGGGGGUAUACCAAAAGUCUUAAUUGUCUUUUACUUACAGACAACAAUGUCACAAGAGUCUGAAUAUAUGGAAACGAUAGAUUAAAUAAUAAUAAUAAUAAUAAUAAUAAUAAUAAUAAUAAUAAUAAUAAUAAUAAUAAAGGAACAAGGGGAUAAAUACAAGCACGCAUGUUGUCUUUGCAGAUUUGCCAUUACUAAUAAUAAAAGGCAUUUUUAUUAUGAGAAAUUUGCGCUAGAUCUUGUUAAAUUUUAAUUUCCUCAGACCUGUCCGCCCAGACUUUUUUUUCAUCAUUAACAGCAUUCUUAUACGAGAAAUGUGAAUGUUAUGCAGUUAUGAAAAAUCGACAUGUAAAAAAUUAAUUAAAAAAAUAAAACAUCUAUUCAUACUUAAAAUUUAUGUCGCCCUCGUGUAUAAUGCCAAAAGGUUUUGAAAUCGAGACUUACAGUCAUUUUAAGCGGAAUAAUUCAGAUGAAUUUAAUACGAAUCU